AUGUUUGAAGGUGGUGAUACAUUGAAAAUUAUAUGUGAACAAGUUAUUUUACCAAAUUUAUUUCUUCGAGAUUCAGCAACGCGACGACGAACUGCUUGUGAUUUUCUUGAAGCACUUUGUAUCUGUUUUGAAUCUCAAAUCGUUACUAUUUAUAAUCGAUAUAUUUGUACAAUGCAAAAAGUAAAGAUAGGAAAACGGUUUAAAAUUCUAUUUGCUCAAAAAAUCUAUGGUAGUUUCUUUCGAAUUUUAACAUCAGAAAAAUUUUGUAAAAAUGAAGAUGUUAUGAGAACUGUAAUGAGAUUAUCAUCAUCAUCACUUCAGGAUGGAGUUUUACUUUAUUUAAGUCAAUUAAUGGAAAAAAUAGUGAUGAUUUUGCGACGAUCAAGUCGAAAUCCAAAUAAAUCAAAUUUUAAUAAUUAUUUAUUUAAAACUAUGACUGUAUUAAUUUGUAUAAUUGGCACACAAAAUCUCGAAUUUGUUCUAUAUGUUUUACAAACAGUUGGAUUCUUAUUAGAAUCUCAUUCAUCAGAAUCAACACUUAUACCAACAUUUUGGAAACCUAGUGGAGAUAUUCCAGCUUUAUCAAGACCUUUACAAGCUUUUAUUAAAAAAGCUGAUGAAACAAUUGUUUUUGAAAAAUUUGUCAAUUUUAUAAAAGUUCUUGGAAUAUUUCAACGACUUGUAUCUCAAUCAAAAAUUCAUGUUCAUGAUGGUUUUUCAAUAUUAAAAUCAUGA